CAGGAAAUGGAGCAGCCACAGAAAUUUAAAACUGCUGAGGACAUAUUGGGUUUUUGUUUAUUUUUGAAUAAAUAAAUUGAUUAAUUAGUAAUAGUAACACGUAAUAUGUUCUUUUUUUUGGGGGGGGGGGUCGGAAUUUGUUUGUUUUCAUGGAAAGUAAAGUGACAGAAAUGGAAAAUAUUUAUAUAAAAUCAGAGAGUGAGCUGCGGUUACCAAUGGCAACGUGGACGCCCUGCUGAGCAGGAUGAGUUUAUAAACAACCUGCUCAGAUUUCUCAGGGUUUCUCUCUUCCUCUGGGUUCAUCAUGACGACCAAACAGAAGAAAGGACUGAGGGGCUCAAUCAGUGAUGUUUUGGGAGAUCUCCUGGGAGACGAUGCUGAUGAUCUCCCGAUGAAGGCCAGGUCUCCAUCUGGAGGACUCGGCAGACCAACGGGUCUCUUACGAACGCAAAGCGGAAAGAGGAACCUGCUCGAUGUUGAUUUCUUCAGUAAACUAGCAGAGGAGGUGGAGAACAAUGACGAGGGUUCUGACAUGUCUGAGGCAGAUCCGAAGGCUUUGCUGGAGAGUAUGAAGGACAUGGAUGAUAUGGAUGCUGACUUGUUUGGCUCAAAGAAGAAGAAGCCCAGUUCAGCCCCGGCACAGAGCAGAAGCUCCAGAACCAAAACAUCUAAACCAGAAGAUAAGAACAAAACUAACCCAGAUGACCUGGAUGAUCCUCUGGAUGACCUGCUGAACGACCUGGAUGAGGAACAGCCAAAGAGCGUUCCAUCAGGAGAAACAGAAAAGCCGCAAUCAUCUUCCCCGACUGUACAGAAAAAAGAGGAACCAGCCAUGCCUACACCUGUGCAGAAGAAACGCAGUGAGUUGACCUUCGACGAUGACGAAGACAACCUGAUGGACGCACUGGGGUUUGGUGACGCCCUGAGAAGAAAAGGAAGUGGACUCCUCUCCAAAAAAGAGAGUGAGGCUCCUCAGAGAGCACGCACCAGACUGGAUGAGAUUUUGGGGAUUGGGACGCCUGCUCACCUCCUGGAGAGACCUGUGACCGGCAAGAAAAUAGACCCAACCCCCGCAGAGAGGCAGCCACAGAAGAGCUCGGCUGGGAAAGAUUCUGUGUUUGGAGAUGAAGAUUUAAUCUUCGGCUCAUACCAGCCCACACUGGGCUCGACUCCGGAGGGACGUACCUCUCGCAGACACUCCGUACGAUUCUCUACCGAGGACCUCAGCUCUCCUUCUCCAGAACGCAAGCCCACAACCUCCACCGUGACCUCCACACGACCCAGCCGUCUCGCUUCAGACUGGCUUGGGCUGAAGCAGGACGAAGAUGAAACAGAAAAGGAGGAGGAGACAAAGAGGGAGAAGAAGGAGGCCACGGGAGCUAACGAGAGACUUAAACCUCUACCUUCUCCAUCGCAUGCAGAAGGAAAACCAUCCAGAGUGACCUCGAAACCCAGCGAGGAGCUCCGAGCCGUGCCUGACUCUCCAGAAACUUCCACAACCACUGCAGCCAAAUCGGAGCCUAAAAAGAAGGAGGGAGAGGACAAGGACGACUGGCUGGCAGGAGCUCUGAGUAAGAAGAAAGCUCUGGUGGAGGAGAGAGAGAAGAGGCAGGAGGAAUCUCUGGGGCUUGGAGAGGAGAUAGAUCUGGACAUGUUCCUCAGAAAACGAAACACCCCUCCAACUCCUCGUAGGGUAAAAGAGGACACACCCCUCCCUCCCAGGCAGCCCAGCUGUGAGUCUCUGGUUGCAUCGAGCCGACAGCAGAGCCCCACACCUGCCCCAACACCCAGCACAGGAGCUCAACACACACACGAGCCAGAGCAGAGACCUGCAGUAGUGAGUGCUGCACCUGGCCAGCAGGUGUCACUGUCUACAGACAGCCUUCAGCAGCUCCUCCUGCAGCAGCAGGCUCAGCUCGGGGGUUUAGGGACACCACUGGACCCAAGUUUCUUACAAAAACAGAGAAGAGAUGCAGAACAUCACACUGGAGACACGACUCCACUACAGACCAGGAUCAUACAGCUGGAGGGACAGGUACGGAGUCUGCAGCUGGAAAAGGAUCAGUUACAGAUGUUACUGGAUAGUGUUCAACAGAGACACAAACAUGACACCGAGCUUAUGGAAAACACACACAGAGCUCGUGUGAAGCUGCUAGAGGAGUGUGCAUUGCAGCGGGAGGCGCGGGCACACACUGAGAGCCAGGAGCUGACGGAGCGUUUGGAGAUGGUGAUGAAACUGAUGCAGCAGGAGAGGGCGGAGCUUCGGGAACAGCACCAGCGCAGGCUGGCACAGUGCCAACAGGAGAGAGACCGAGAGGUGGAGAGACUCCGAGAGCUUCAGAGGAAGUCCAUCCUGGAGAUGAAGAAAGAUCACGAGGAGCAGGUACAGAGACUCAGGAGACUGAAGGAUGAGGAGAUUGAUGCAGUGACCAGCGCUACCUCACAAACCAGGUCCCUGACGGCAGUUAUUGAGCAGAUGGAGCAGUUCUCUCUCAGGUUGGGCGAGCUCUCGUCUCGCAUUGUAAGCACUCACGAAAACACAACUCACGGCCUGGAGCUCGGAGCUCGACAGAGAGAUGAACAACUGCGAGUGCUGCAGGAGCGUCUGACUCAGCAGCAGAGGGACAUGGUCGAGGAGAGAAACCGACUCAAAGAGGUCAUAGCCAAGAUGGACACACAGCUGGCUGAGCAGCAGAGACAGCUGCAGCAGGAGCGCUGGCGGGUCACGGCAGAGCAGGCUAAAGCAGAGUCGGCGUUACGAGGCCUGGAGGAGGAGAGACGCACCAUGACUCAACACUUCACCAUCGAGAGAGAGGAGCUGGAGAGGGCUAAGAGCACUCUGUUAGAGGAGCAGCAGUCCGUGAUGCAGCGCUGUGCAGAAGAGAGGAGGAAACUCGCUGCGGAGUGGACACACUUCCACACUCAGGACAAGCUGCGCAAAGAGAGAGAGCUGGACCGCGAGGGACACAUCAUCGACAUGGCACAGGAGCAGGCUGAACUGAAGCUCCGAGCAGGAGAGCUGAAACAGAAAGAGGAGGCCAUACAGAAAGAGAAUGUAAACCUGGAGAAACUCCGAGGAGAGCUGGAGGGGGAGAGGGAGAGACUGAACACAGCGGCUCUGCACCUGAAACACCGAGCUCAGGAGGUGGAGAGUCUCAGCAAGAUGGCACGUGAGCGGUAUGAGGAAGGCGAGCAGGCGCUGCAGGAAGCUCGGCAGGUCGAAGCGGGACACCAGGCUCGUCUGCGCAACAUCCACAGUGAGCUGGAGAAGCUGAGGAUGCAGGAGCACAACCUACAGCAGGAGAGGAUGAGAGUGACAGAUCAUCAUAGAGAGAUGGACAGAAUGAGACACGCCCUUCCCACUGACUACUUACCUGCCCCAGGUGAUCCUUUACUAACAGGUUUCUCUCCUGUGAUGAGCAGCACGCUGGUUCUUCCUCCAGCACCAUUAAACACAUCUGUCUCUCCAAAACUAAAGGCAACACUCGCUGUACUGAGGCACAUAGCUGAGAAGGACCGGGACUUCCUGCAGGACGAACAGCUCUUCCUGGACACGCUGAAAGGUGCACCAUGCAAUUCAACCUUACAGACAUGACGACGGCUCAGACUGGUGCCAUUUCUAUUUGAAAGUUUGAUCACAGGGGUCUUUUUCCAGACUUCACAGGACAUUGGUCAGACCAUCUUUGAUACCACAGUGCAAAUGAUUUAAAUGAUUUUAAAAUCACUGUUCAUAUGCAUGUUAGAUUGUAUGUAAGCUAGUACACUGCCAAAUAACUGCCAGAAGCAAGUAAUUGCCAUUAUAUUCUUUCUUAGGCCCCAAAAUUUCUUGUGGCACGGUCCUGUAGCUCAUACAAGGGCCAUUCUCAGAAAAUGUGAUAACUGUAAAGACAUUAAAUUUUGUAUACACUAACUUAUCCCUGUAAAUAUUGACAAGUUCAUGAAUUCAAAAGAGCUUAUGAAAAAAAAAAAAGCCCAGUUAUCUUUACCCUAUAGAGCAACGGUAAACAUGUCAGGGCAUUUUUGGGUCACGGAGUGCAGAAAAAUAAGUUAUGCAUUUAUUCUCAUCCUAACUUCCUAUUUGGCAAACUAAACUUUCAACAUGCAUCAUUAUCAGUUGGGAUUAGCUGCAGACAGAGUUAAUUUCCCCUGACAUCUCAAUUUCAUAUUUACCGGAUCCUGGAUUCCAACAUUCAUGCACCAGUGAGGUUUCCCCCCCCCCAAAAUGGCUGCUCAACAUCCUGGUCCUUCAUGUAGCUGCACUGCCUUCUAUUGUUAAAGCCCUGAGUUACAGCAUGAUGUUGCCAUUUGGGUAACAGUAAAGACAAUGUCCAUUUUUGCGCGUGUUAGGCUACACACCAAAACUGUUUGAGCAAAGAUAUCCUCCCC